AUGACGUCUCCACCCGGCAAUCACACCUGCCCUCGCUCCUCGCUCACAUACGACUACCUUUACUGGAAGCACAGGUCUGUAUCCACAGCUGCCCUCGCUCCUCGCUCACAUACGACUACCUUUACUGGAAGCACAGGUCUGUAUCCACACCUGCCCCUCGCUCCUCGCUCACAUACGACUACCUUUACUGGAAGCACAGGUCUGUAUGCACACCUGCCCUCGCUCCUCGCUCACAUACGACUACCUUUACUGGAAGCACAGGUCUGUAUCCACAGCUGCCCUCGCUCCUCGGUCACAUACGACUACUUUUACUGGAAGCACAGGUCUGCAUCCACACCUGCCCUCGCUCCUCGCUCACAUACGACUACCUUUACUGGAAGCACAGGUCUGCAUCCACAGCUGCCCUCGCUCCUCGCUCACAUACGACUACCUUUACUGGAAGCACAGGUCUGUAUCCACACCUGCCCUCGCUCCUCACUCACAUACGACUACCUUUACUGGAAGCACAGGUCUGUAUCCACAGCUGCCCUCGCUCCUCGCUCACAUACGACUACCUUUACUGGAAGCACAGGUCUGUAUCCACACCUGCCCUCGCUCCUCGGUCACAUACGACUACUUUUACUGGAAGCACAGGUCUGCAUCCACACCUGCCCUCGCUCCUCGCUCACAUACGACUACCUUUACUGGAAGCACAGGUCUGCAUCCACACCUGCCCUCGCUCCUCGCUCACAAACGACUACCUUAACUGGAAGCACAGGUCUGUAUCCACACCUGCCCUCGCUCCUCCCUCACAUACGACUACCUUUACUGGAAGCACAGGUCUGUAUCCACACCUGCCCUCGCUCCUCGCUCACAUACGACUGCCUUUACUGGAAGCACAGGUCUGUAACCACACCUGCCCUCGCUCCUCGCUCACAUACGACUACCUUUACUGGAAGCACAGGUCUGCAUCCACAGCUGCCCUCGCUCCUCGCUCACAUACGACUACCUUUACUGGAAGCACAGGUCUGCAUCCACACCUGCCCUCGCUCCUCGCUCACAUACGACUACCUUUACUGGAAGCACAGGUCUGCAUCCACACCUGCCCUCGCUCCUCGCUCACAUACGACUACCUUUACUGGAAGCACAGGUCUGCAUCCACACCUGCCCUCGCUCCUCGCUCACAUACGACUGCCUUUACUGGAAGCACAGGUCUGUAUCCACACCUGCCCUCGCUCCUCGCUCACAUACGACUACCUUUACUGGAAGCACAGGUCUGCAUCCACACCUGCCCUCGCUCCUCGCUCACAUACGACUGCCUUUACUGGAAGCACAGGUCUGUAUCCACACCUGCCCUCGCUCCUCGCUCACAUACGACUACCUUUACUGGAAGCACUGGUCUGUAUCCACACCUGCCCUCGCUCCUCGCUCACAUACGACUACCUUUACUGGAAGCACAGGUCUGUAUCCACACCUGCCCUCGCUCCUCGCUCACAUACGACUACCUUUACUGGAAGCACAGGUCUGCAUCCACACCUGCCCUCGCUCCUCGCUCACAUACGACUACCUUUACUGGAAGCACAGGUCUGUAAACCAAUCAUCCAACCAUCUACCCAGACCACCUGACAAACAGCUAGUCAAUAAUUGGUUAAUUAACUGGUGAAAAGCCCUUUAAACCACUAAAGGUCAGAUUCCCCCCUUCCUGUCUCUUCAGUUGGUUCAGUCUAUGGAGCAUAAAGCAGUUGGGAGCGUGCCAAAUACAUUUACAGGGGAGGGGGAGGGCCCAUAAAAGCCAAGAGGAAGUGGGUCUAGGUGAGAGCUGGAGUAGAGGAGAGGGGAAGAAAGGAGAGAGUUUAGGAGAGAGGGAGAGGAGACAAGUGAAGAGGCUGGCCUCCCCCCCGACUCCCUCACUCUCCUCACCUCUCUCUCUGUCUCUCUCUCUGUCUCUCU